AUGGAUGAUUUGGAACACCCCUUUCCGCUGUUAGAAGCUGCAAAGAAAGAGCUUAUCAUGCAAUAUAAAGAAAAGGCGGAGUCUAGUCAAGAAUUGGAAUUUUGGCAGAGGAUAGAAGUUGUCAGGGAGAAUUACAAAUCUCCAACAGAUGUUACUUCUGAUGAAGAAAUAACAGUGAGAGAAAAAUCGACUGAAAAUAAGAAAACGGACGAAGACAAAGUAUUAAAAACAACUAUAUGCGUGAAUAUUGAAAAGGAAAAUGGAGCAGGUGAUAAUACAGAUUUAGCAAAGAAUACAUUGAUAUAUCAGAAGAAUGGUUUGAAUUAUUUGCGACACGAGGGAACAGUUAGACCACCGAAAGUAGAAGAGGACGAGAAGAAUCAGGUGGAACAAUUCAUCAGCGGUAUAAUCAAUGAUGCCGUUGAUGAAUACAGCACCGAAUUCUGGAGGGCCUUGGAAGCCAAAAUCCAGGAAAGUACAAUAAAUUGUGGAGAAGAAGAACUGGACACCGAUAUAGAUUCAGAGGAGAAAAACAAAUUUGAAGCAAGAGAGUCUAAAAAGGAAAAGAAAUUAGAAAAAAUUGAAGCCAAUGAGGAAAUGAAACUAAAUUUACAGGAGACCUUAGAGAAAAUGAAACUGCAGACAACAGAAGCAAUUAAGAAAACAAACCUUGAUUCAAAGCAAACAAAAGAGAAAAAGAAUCAGGAAGCAAAGAAAGCAAGAGAGAUAAAGAACCGGAAAGCAAAAGAGUUAAAACAAAAAUUGAAGUUAGAAGCCAAAGAAUCCAAACAGAAAACGAAGCUUGAAGCUAAAGAAUAUAAGGCGAAAAAGAAGCUUGAAGCUAAGGAAUGCAAAGAGAAAAAGAAACUUGAAUAUAGAGAGAAAAGGAAGCUUGAGGCAGAGAUAUCGAAAGAAAAAAAGAUGAACAAAAAGCAGUUAAAAGAAGGAACUUUGAUGCUACAAGAAGCGACAGAAAUAAGAAAAUUAGAAGUCAUGGAUGAUUUGGAACACCCCUUUCCGCUGUUAGAAGCUGCAAAGAAAGAGCUUAUCAUGCAAUAUAAAGAAAAGGCGGAGUCUAGUCAAGAAUUGGAAUUUUGGCAGAGGAUAGAAGUUGUCAGGGAGAAUUACAAAUCUCCAACAGAUGUUACUUCUGAUGAAGAAAUAACAGGUUUGCAUUUAUUUAUUUAUUGA